GGUACGCAGGCUGAGGGAGGGGCGUGGCCGGGCGACGCAGCCAAUGAACGCAGCGCGCGGGGGCGCGGGGCGGGGAGUGGGUGUGGCGUCGGCGUCUUAGCGGCUGCGUGCUGGUAGCCCCAUCCUUUCGGUCCCGGCGGCGGCAGGGCUGAUCCAGAGACACCUUCCCUUGACUCUCCUCGCCCGCUCUCCGGCUGUCCACCCGCCCCGCUGCCCGCCCCGCCACCAUGACGGAACAGGCCAUCUCCUUCGCCAAGGACUUCCUCGCCGGAGGCAUCGCCGCCGCCAUCUCCAAGACGGCCGUGGCCCCGAUUGAGCGGGUCAAACUGCUGCUGCAGGUCCAGCACGCCAGCAAGCAGAUCGCCGCGGACAAGCAGUACAAGGGCAUCGUGGACUGCAUCGUCCGCAUCCCCAAGGAGCAGGGCGUGCUGUCCUUCUGGAGGGGCAACCUGGCCAACGUCAUCCGCUACUUCCCCACGCAAGCCCUCAACUUCGCCUUCAAGGAUAAGUACAAGCAGAUCUUCCUGGGGGGCGUGGACAAGCACACGCAGUUCUGGCGGUACUUUGCGGGCAACCUGGCCUCUGGCGGGGCGGCCGGCGCCACCUCCCUCUGCUUCGUGUACCCCCUGGAUUUCGCCAGAACCCGCCUGGCCGCCGACGUGGGCAAGUCGGGCACGGAGCGCGAGUUCCGCGGCCUGGGAGACUGCCUGGUGAAGAUCACCAAGUCCGACGGCGUCCGCGGCCUGUACCAGGGCUUCAGCGUCUCCGUGCAGGGCAUCAUCAUCUACCGCGCCGCCUACUUCGGCGUCUACGACACGGCCAAGGGCAUGCUGCCCGACCCCAAGAACACACACAUCGUGGUGAGCUGGAUGAUCGCGCAGACGGUGACGGCUGUGGCCGGCGUGGUCUCCUACCCCUUCGACACGGUGCGCCGGCGCAUGAUGAUGCAGUCAGGCCGCAAAGGAGCUGACAUCAUGUACACGGGCACCGUCGACUGUUGGCGGAAGAUCUUCAGAGACGAGGGGGGCAAGGCCUUCUUCAAGGGUGCCUGGUCCAACGUCCUCCGCGGCAUGGGGGGCGCCUUCGUGCUGGUCCUGUACGACGAGCUGAAGAAGGUCAUCUAAGGGUGCGGCGUCACACGCACACAUACACACGCACACACACAUACACACACCCCAACACAACCACGUAGAAUCCUCAACCGAGCGGACCAUCAACCUUCCAGAAAUUCCAGUCUCUUUCCCAGCCGGAUCCUGCGUGCAGACAGCCAGGGAAGGUUCUAGAAAAGGGGGCACACUGUGAUCCAGCCAUCCAUGCCCGAUUCCAUGUCUUGAUCACGGGGGGAGGGAACCAUGGCUUCCUCUCGGGCCCCGGGUGAGACACUCCAGUGCUCAGACCUGCAGUCCAGAUGCUUGUAGGACCCAAGUCGUGUUUAACUAUUUAUUUAAAACAAGAGAACCAUGUCUUCUGUUUGUACGUAA